AGAAGAAUGCCAACGCGAAUAUGAAGUGAACCGUUUCCUAUGCUUGCCACAGCGCCUGGAUGCUCAUAUCGGACGGUUAGAGACAGGGACUUGCCUCUCGCCAAACUGCUUGCUCGGACGAGAUGAAGCCAAGGAGGAGCUUUCCGACGCGCUGGAGUCGCAGUGACUGCUGCCCAAUUUAAAAUCAAUGUCAGACUGUGCCCCGGCUGCCUGGCGAGAUGAAAGAAGUGGUGCUGUGGUCACCCGAGGAGGUGACGAAUUGGCUAACGGAAAAUGCUGUGCCAGAGUACUGUGAGCCGUUGAAGAGCUUCACUGGGCAGGAUUUGAUCAACCUCACGGAGGAGGAUUUUAAGAAGACGCCUCUCUCCCGGGUGUCUUCCGACAGCGGACAGCGGCUAUUGCACAUGAUUGAAACUUUAAAAAUGGCUCACCACAUGGAGGCUCACAAAAACGGGCACGUCAACGGGCACAUCCGCAGCAGCGUUAGCGACACGGCGCGCGAGAAUGGCUUUAGCAGUAAAAUGAAGCUGAACGGGAUGCCAAAUGGGUAUAAGAAGGAGAUGAUAAAGAUCCCCAUGCCAGAGCCAGAGCGCUCACAGUAUCCCAUGGAAUGGGGCAAGACUUUCCUGGCUUUUAUUUAUGCACUUUUUUGUUUCAUCUUUACCACAGUGACUAUCUCAGUCGUUCAUGAACGAGUGCCUCCCAAGGAGGUGCAGCCUCCCCUACCAGAUGCAUUUUUUGAUCGCUUUGAUCGGGUGCAAUGGGCUUUUUCUAUUUGUGAAAUCAACGGCAUGAUCCUUGUAGGACUGUGGUUUGUUCAGUGGCUGCUCUUAAAAUACAAGUCUAUAAUUAGCAGAAGAUUUUUCUGUAUAGUUGGCACACUAUACCUGUAUCGGUGUAUUACCAUGUAUGUGACUACACUCCCAGUACCUGGCAUGCAUUUCAAGUGUUCUCCAAAGCUUUUUGGAGACUGGGAAUCUCAUCUGCGAAGGAUAAUGAAAUUGAUUGCUGGCGGUGGAUUGUCCAUCACAGGAUCCCACAACAUGUGUGGCGACUAUCUGUACAGCGGUCACACCGUCAUAUUAACUCUUACAUACUUAUUUAUCAAAGAGUAUUCCCCACGGCGACUCUGGUGGUAUCACUGGCUUUGCUGGGCCCUCAGCAUCGUUGGGAUGUUCUGCAUCCUCCUUGCUCAUGACCACUACACUGUGGACGUGGUGGUGGCUUACUACAUCACUACAAGACUUUUCUGGUGGUAUCACACAAUGGCCAACCAGCAAGUGCUAAAAGAAGCUUCCCAAACUAACCUCCUUGCAAGGGUCUGGUGGUACAAGCCCUUCCAGUACUUUGAAAAGAAUGUCCAAGGAAUUGUACCUCGCUCCUACCACUGGCCCUUCCCCUGGCCGGUGCUGCACCGGGGCAGGCAGGUGAAAUACAGCCGCCUGGUGAACGACACAUAACAGCGUGUCAACGGACAAAAUUUGGGGGGGGAAGGACCUGUCCCAAGUGCUAAGGACUCCGUAUGAGAAGAUGCCAUAAAAAAAAAAAAAAAGAAAAAACAAAAUCAACCGUUCCCUAACCCUUUCUUUUAACAGUUCCCUUGACUUAACCUAUUCAGUUACCUGGUAAGCACUGUGAUCUUUUUUUCUCUCCAAAGGAUCUGCGUUGGACAACAAUAAAGAAAAUUUAACUUAUCAUGCACUGUUAUACAUUUCUUCUUAAUAGAUUUGGGAUUUACAUUGACCCAUCACCAUGUUCCUUUGUAUAUGAUGCGACAGCAUAAAUGAAAGCUUUUAUAUCAUAAGUUCUGGUCUUUCCAGUCACGUCUGGGAAUAAAGCAUAUUAUUUUCUUGGGAAAACAUACUUUUCAUAUCUCUUGCCCCAAAGAUUGGGCUGUAAGCCAUUUUCUAGCAAAUGACUAUAUGAAGGUUUCUAAAUACCUGCCUUGGGUAAAAUCGAGAAAUCUUUCUACCUGUUGCACCGCGCUACGAGUAAGAUGAUAGACACAGGAAGGUUUGGUAAUCUUGAUUUUGUAGAAUCUGCAGUGACUGUGUCAAA